AUGAAUAACAAAGAUUAUGUGGCUAAUAGAAAUGAUGCAGCUAAUGGAGAUAAUGCAGCUAAUGAAGACAAUGUGGCUAACAGAGAUGAUGCAGCUAACAGAGAUAAUGUAGCUAAUAGAAGCAAUUUAGCUAAAGAAGAAAAUGUGGCUAAUAAAGGUGAUACAGCUAAUAAAGGUGAUGUGACUAAUGAAGGUGAUGCAGCUAACGAAGGCAAUGCAGCUAAUGAUAGUAAUGUGGUUAACAAAGAUUAUAGAAUUGAUGGUGCAUCCUAUUGUGCAAAUAAAGAUAUUAAAGCUUCAUCUACUGCAUCAGCUUUUUUUGUCUUAGGUGGGAUAGCCUACAAAAAUUUUGAAAAGAUACAAACUACACUUGACAAAACUCCAAAUCCUAUGUGGGAAUGA